GGGCGGUGAUGCCCUUGUUUAUUUUUACCCGGGCGGUUCAUCCUCCUCGGCAGCCCCAGCGCGGCCCCCGCUGCCGCUCCCCGCCCCAGCUCCGACGGCGGCGCCGCCUAUAAAGCGCCGCCCGCGGGGAGCCGAGGAUGCAGCUCUACAGCUCCGUGAUCACCCACUACCCGGCGGCCGCCACCGCAGCAGCCGCCGCGGCUUCGCCGAGCUCCGCCGCCGUCUUCAAGGUCUCCUUGUCGCCGGGACCCUCCGCCGCGGAGGCACCGAGCGCCGCCGACGCCGCGGGCCCGAACGCGGCCGCCGAGAGCUCCGGCAAGGACAGCUUCGUUCCCGCGGGGGGUAGCAGCAGCGCCGCCGCCAUGCCCGCCUUCUCGUCCUGCCUGGAGGUGAUGCCGAGCGGCCCCGCGGCGGGCCCGGCCGGGCGGCCGGCGGGCGGCCCGCAGUUCAGCUCCUGCGCGCAGGUCACCGUCAGCCGCCGGCGGCCGCUGGAGCGGAUCGUGCCCAUCCGCAUCGUGCAGCGCGCCGAUGCCGCCGGAGAGCUGGUGCCGGGCUCGCCGCGCAGCCGCGCCUGGCUGGAGGGCAUCCUGGAGAGCGUGCGGCAGGCCGGGGGCGACGGCGAGGCCGCCGCCGAGGAGCCCAGCAACCGCAGCCUGCGGCUCAGCGAGCACUGCCAGGCGCUGCAGGCGGCGGCCGCCGGAGCCCAGCCCGGGCUGGUCCCCGGCUGCGGCCCCGCAGAGCGGAGCGGGGGGCCCGCGCAGCCCGGCGGCCCCGCGCACGGCGAGGAGGAGGAGGCGGCGGGGCCCGACGUGCGGCGGGGACCCGGCGGCAGAGCGGAGCGCAGCGAGAAGCUGGCGCUGUACCUGGCCGAGGUGGAGAAGCAGGACAAGUACCUGCGGCAGAAGGGCCGAUUCCGCUUCCACAUCAUCCCCGACGGGAACUGCCUGUACCGCGCCGUCUGCAAGGCGGUGUACGGGGACCAGCGGCUGCACGGCGAGCUCCGCGAGCAGACCGUGCACUACAUCGCCGACCACCUGGACCACUUCAACCCCAUCAUCGAGGGCGACGUGGGAGAGUUCCUCAUCGGCGCCGCCCAGGACGGGGCCUGGGCCGGCUACCCGGAGCUGCUGGCCAUGGGGCAGAUGCUGAACGUGAACAUCCACCUCACCACGGGCGGCCGGCCCGAGAGCCCCACCGUUUCCACUAUGGUUCACUACCUGGGGCCCGAGGACCCGACACGGCCCAGUAUCUGGCUGAGCUGGCUUAGCAAUGGGCACUACGAUGCUGUGCUGGACCGCGUGUGCCCCAACCCAGAGUACGAGGCGUGGUGCAGACAGACUCAGGUACAGCGCAGGCGGGAUGAGGAGCUGGCCAAGUCCAUGGCGGUGUCCUUGUCCAAGAUGUACAUAGAGCAGAAUGCCUGCUCAUGAGACCGCCCGGGCCGGGAGCUUUGCUGCAGGGACUGACAGAGAGGUGUGCUGGCUGUGAUGGUGAUGCCUUAAUCCUUAAUGAAGCAGCAGCACCCCAGAUGGAGAAAGACUGUAGGUUGCGGGGGAUAAAUACAGACGUAGUUGUAAUAUUCUGUUGUAAAAACUUAGCCUCGGGUUCUUUGCAAGCAGAUUUCUCUGUGUAUGUUUGUGUCUCCCCUCCUUACUGUCUAUUUUCUAUAAGAAUGUAUUUUUUGCACACUAUUUUUAAACUGUUACCUCCAUCUUCUACAUCUUACAUUAGUAUCUGGCUUUCAGCUGUACAGCCAAAAACGUUUGUAAACAGUUUUUGUAAAUAAGGCUUAUGAUGUAACAGCUAUUUUUUGCUGUGUUUUUUACCCAUAAACCUUAUAUUUUUACCAAAUGAAGUUGAUGUCAAACUGACCCCCCUAGUUAAUGAAAAUAUUGUGGGUAUUUUCUUGCAAAAUUAAAAAUAAUGGCUUUUGUAAAAGUGUGGCAAAGUGAGAACAGACUGCUUUUAGGAACAGUUGCUUUCUCUGCCUGGAGCACAGAACAGGUCCUUUGAGCCAGUUGGAAUGCAGCUACACGUGAACAGAGCAGGGAGCAAUUGACUCUUCUGUUUUUAAUUACUGUUUUGAGUAAACUGGCCUCUUGUUGCCUGGUUGGCUCACUCUCUGCUCCAUUUAUAUUAUUUAUCUAUAAUAACACACAUUAACUUGCAAUAGAAUGUUGUGACUAGAUAAUAGUCUCCUGCUUUGGCAGUAAUUGCCUUGGCUGCACCUCAGUGUUUGUGUUAUUGUUUCUGGGGUUUUGGUGUCUUUAGUAUAAGCCCUGCUUCUUUUUUGGCACUGAUGUUUCACCAACAAGUCAUUAUCUGAUCACAACAUUUUAUUCACGUGACUUUAUUUUCUAAUCAAGAAGUCGGGAAUGGUAUUCUAUGUUAUGGUUUAAAAGAAAAAAAAUACUUAAAUUGAGGUUUGUAUGGUUUGCUGGGUCAAACAUUUUAAUGUCUCCAAUCUGGAUUCUGUCUCUUCUACUAUCUGAUUAACUUGUUAGAUAUAUUUAUUAAGUAAUGCAGUUUGUACUUUUUUAUUUUGUAAUAUAUUGUGAUUUUGGAAUUUAUACUGUAUUUGUAUAAUAGGAAUCUUCACAGCUAAAAUGGAAUGAAUAAAGAAUAUAAUUUUA